AUGUCAAAUCAUGUGCCCGAAAUUUCAACUGCCUCUACAAUUGGUUCCCCUUCUCUCCUAGAAGCAAAAAAACAGAGAAAGCAGCUUCAACAAGACGCUGCCCUCUUAUCAAACCGUAUCAAACUCCUUCAGCUUGAAGAAGAGCGAACCUGAAAAAAGAUUGAAGAAGCCAAAAAUCGAAAAAACCAAAUUGAGCACUCAAAAAUGCGUAACGAAAACAAACAAAAAGAAAUCGAAAAACUCUACCAAACUAAAGAACAAAUGAGACUAGAAGCCCAAGAAAAAAUAAAAAAACUGAAAUUUGAACGAAAUUCAGGGAAAAAUCGAAAUGUUGAGUCGAUUCAAAACACAAAAAAAGAUUGCUACAAAUAUGGGAGAGAAUGAAAAGUUUACAGUCUGCAACAGAGGAUACUUACAAAUCAGGCUUAUAGGGAAAAAAACAAGCAAAGAGCAAUGAGUGUUAAAUUAGAAGAAAGGCAUCGGCAAAUGAAGUUAAAGAAAAUGGGGAAUCGGAGAGAAGAGGAAAAUAAAGAAGAUUAUUUGCAGAGGGUCAAACAAGAGGAAGAGGCUAAAAAGCAGCUGGAGAGGCAAGUGAUGGAAAUGGAGCUGAUAGAAAUGGAACUGAUAAGAAAACUACAGCAAACUCAAAUGAUCCAGCAAGAAGCUAUUUCUGAUUUAGAAAAAGCAGUUUCGUAUAAGCCUGGAUCAGUGCAAGAUUAG